CCACUAAGUUCCAUAAAAAAAAAAAUAAUAAAAUAAAUAAAUAAAAACAUAAAUAAAAAAACAUAAAAAUCUACCAAACUUCCUCAUUUGAACCCAAAUCAAACCCUUAUCCUCAAAAGAAAAACAAACAAAAAACAAAACAUCAUUAAUACAACAACAACCAAAACCUAAUCAAUCUGAUUAUCAACCAAACAACAACAACCAAAACCUAAUCAAUCUGAUUAUCAACCAAACUCCCUAUUUCAACAAAAAUCUUAUUUCUGUCUGUUUCUCUUUUGAGCCUUUUCACUUUUCACUUUUGUUAGUACGAUGUUCAUAGUAAAAGAUUAUAAAGACGUGUCAACUUAAGAAUAAUUUAGCUGCAAUUUGUACCUAUUAUUACUCGAAACGUUAACUCAACUAUAGUUUGCACGUAUGUUGACCAAAACGUCAAGAUCUUAUUUAGAAGUUUAAAUCAAUAAAAUUGAAAAAAUGGGAGUUAAAAUCAACUGCCCUCAUGAACUUCAAGGAUAAAAAGGUUAGACUAGAUGCAUUAAUUUCUUUCUACACAGCCUUAAUAAUAAGCACACAGUAAACAAAUAAAUGAAGCCCAAAAGAAAAAGCGUGGACAAGAACAGUUGCUCCAGAUAAUCUCAGUGGUCUUAUCCAAAAGUGGCCAAAACUCAGAAAGCAAUCAAAGGAAAAACCCACAGAUAAACAGAGCAUAAUAGAAAGAGAAAGAUCAAACCUUGAGAUUCUGUUUAGCCUGCCAUCGCUCGUUAGCCCUUUGAGAAGAACAAGAACAACAAGAAGAAGAAUCUCUUCAACAUCGGUCUUCUUUUUCCACCGUUUCUCACUUUUUGCCGUCAUUUCUGACACCAUCUUUCUUCAAUCCUUCGAUAAGAAGCAGCCUUCUAAAGGUAAAUGGACCCGCCACGACAACGAUCCCAAUGAGCAGAACAGCCGUCUUCUUUCCCUUCCAUCCAUUUCAUCUGUCUUCACUGCUUUCGCCAAUUCCCUUUCUUUCCCUCAUCUAAUUCUGCAGUUUCUGAGGUUUUUCCAGCUGGGGUUUUGAGAUUUGAGGGAUUUGAAUAUGCCGAGUUCUGGUAUGAACUUGAUUACCACUGUUAUUGGGUUUGGAAUGAGUGCAACAUUCAUAGUGUUUGUCUGUACAAGAAUCAUCUGUGGUCGACUUCGUUCAUCUCACUCCAAUUCCCCCAAUUACGAGAUUGAAUCCAGGGUUGAUCUUGAGCAGCAGCCAGAGUCUCGGGUGAGUGGUCUCGAACCGGUUCUCAUAGCUGCUAUACCAACGAUGAAGUUCGACCUGGAGGCUUUCAGUUCUGUAGAAGAUGCUCAGUGCUCAAUCUGUUUGAGUGAGUAUGAAGAGAAGGAAGUACUGAGAAUAAUACCCAAAUGUGGUCACAGUUUUCAUCUCUCCUGCAUUGAUGUAUGGCUGAGAAAGCAAUCUACCUGUCCAGUUUGCAGGCUGCCAUUGCAAGACACUUUUAGAACAAAACCUGUAAUACCAAUGACAGUGAGCAGAGAUCAGUCUUUUGAUGGUUCUGAGAUUUCAACAGAUCAUCAUUCUCAACACUGGCUUCAACUUGGCAACACAAGCAGUCAAGAACAGCUUGAAUCCGUUCCUGUAAACCCCACAGUUGGAAGAGAGAUGACAACAAGACAAUGAGUACAUAAUAUUUUCUUGGGUUCACUGCUGAGUAGGUAGGAGCAUGAUUAUAUACAAUUGGAUAUCACAUACUUUGUACAAAUCAUUGUUUCCAUAUUUUUUUGCAUUGCGUAGUGUAGAUUCAGGCUUUCUAAAACUAUGCAAUGAAUUCUCAUAAUGUUGUGGAAAUUUCCAUGAGUUUCUACCUCGUUCAAACAUAUAUCAAAUGAAAGUUUGACAGAAACUUGAAGCAAUGAAGAUUUUAACUGAUGUCUA